CUGCUAUUCACCUGGACUCAAGAGUCCAGGACUCUUGAGAACACAUAGACCUUAAAUAGCUCCAAUUUCUUCUUUGUAAGGAAAUCUGUGCCCAGUCCAUGAUGGACCAAUCAGAUCAUAAAGACCUGAGGGAGUGGCGGACUUACUACCAAUUCCCAGAGGAGCAGCACUAGCAUUCAUUAGUGCUCUAAUCUGCACCUUAAUUGCCAGCAUCUUUCUAGGCCUCUGUACUGGUGGUGCACAGUCACCUUCCUCAUCUUUCAGUAGGGCUUCUAGGCAGCAAAGAUCUUCCCCAAGGCAUCUGCAUUCCAUCUUCUCUCCCUCCCCCUUUCAGUGAGCUCAGGAAAUUGAUUUUAAUCCACCAGGCUCCCGUUGCUUAGCAACAAAAGCGCCUGCUCCUAGCAACCAGGAGCCACAAGGAUGCUGCAGAAAGAGGGGGCUGUCUGGGCCCUGCUCUUGCUCAGUUAUCGACUGCUCCUUCUCCGGUGGUUUUGUUUUCAAGCCAUUAUAUCCUUCCUCUCUCACUUGCUGAAUCUUAAAAGGCUGAAUGACCUCACUCACCAUGAGAGUGCCAACCAGGAGGGCCUGUGAAUCAAAUUGCCCAAGACAGUAAGAAGCAAAUCAUGAUGACAACAGAUUGGGCCUAGCUGUGAAAAACUUUCUCGGAGAGAGACAGAAGUCAGUAACUGUGUGGUGGUUCUUCCAUUGUGACGUUGCAGGUGGGACUUGACCCUGUAACCCUAGGUGAGAGCAUCAAGAAUAAAAAGUUGAGACAGGAACUUCAGGAGAAAAAUCACUACUACAGAUAGGCCAGCUGGUUUUCUGGAGCAGCCUAGGUUCACACAGCUAAGCCUGGGUCAGUGCCACAACAUAGGAUCCCUGAGAUAGUUAGCCUCCUUGAGACUGCUAGGCCAGCAGACAGCCCAUGAGGAUUUGUGCUUUCUUUCUUAAACAAUAAAAGAAAUGAUUGCCCACACGUGAAGGGGCCUCCUGCCUUAUGAGAUGGUCACAGCCCAGGGGAUCACCUAGGGAGAAUUACUACUUGGCCAACUUUCCCAGAAUCUUUGAAAUAGUUAAGAGUUCAGGAGCACCAGGAAAGGCCUUUCCAGAAUUUGACUCUGUCAUGAUAAUGGAUAUUUUCCCAGAGGUCCCACAUCUUGACAGAAACAGCAGCUGAUGGCUCCCUGAGGAGUGGAAAGGGCCCUGAUAGUAACUACAGAAAAGAAGGCGCAGGAACUUACAUCAGGAGACUCAGCCAUCUCUUCCCCCAGGUUCAACUCAGAGGCUCAUGCCUGCCUCUGAGCGAGUUUCUUCCUCCUCUCCCUCCAUUCCUCCCAAGGAACAGGCUUUGGCCUCUCUCGUCCACUGCCCAGCACACAAACCUGCCUCCACAGACUGAGGGGUAGCAUGGCUGCCGCCAGAAUGAGGGGGCUGAAGAGAAGGGGCAUGCUAGCCGUCUCCAGGCACAAGCUGCUGCCUGCACACCCACAGUGCUGCUAGUGCACAGGGAGUGACACACAGAGGGUUCCUGUCACCUCUGUGGGGGUUAUUCACCACACCAAAUGCCUUCCCAAGGAGGCCAGGUAACCACACUUGGGUACACACCUUCCUUGACAACUUUCUGUAUCCCACAGUAAAACCGGCUGUCACAGAAAACAGCAAACCUAAUCACAAAAAUGUAAGGGUUCCUGUACACAUCGCCCAGCCUUAGAGAUGGUCAGCUCCCAGACAUUCAUCUCAGCACUGGAUCCCUAGGAAUUUCAGGAUGCAAUCCAGAAGGACAAGAACUCUUGUCACUCAGCCUUGCUGUCAUGAUAAGACCUAGGAUGAGUGCUAUCCUAACACAUCAUCCGAUCCUGAGUGUCAAAUGCCUGAUGGCUCAUUGGUGUCGUGAAAUGUACUAGUGUGCUUUUUUCAGUGGGCAACACUAGAAGAUUCUACAUCCUUGCCCAAGCAACACCAAGAAAAGGUUGCACAGGUAGGCUUGGUGGCAAACACCUUUGAUUCCACCACUUGGGAGGCAGAGGCAGGUAGACUUCUGUGAGAUCAAAGCCAACAUGUUCUAAAAGGGGAGUCUCUAGAAGAGCCAUGGCUAUACAGAAGAGAGACCCUCCAAAAAGAGAGGCAGAGAGAUGGGUGAAGAAAAAGAGAAAGAAGUGCCUUCCUCAUGCUCUCUGAUAGGGUUCCAGCACAGGGUAGUCACCCAUGGAAAAAUUCCACAGUGCACACACUCUUCCAUAAGUGUGUUCUCCAGAGUUGACUGAGUGACAGGAACCGCUGGUCCUCAGGCUCCUCCGGAGACCUGCGGGAGCUCUGCCUUAUGCUACUUAAGGCCAUGCAGGGUCCUCAGUUCCAAGAUGGCGCUGAGAGUCAGAGCAGUGAGGUGAAGAGGUGACAGAACCCUAGAGUUGGAUUAACUUAUGUCAGCCUUAAAGGAAGCCCUUGGAAAGAGGACAAAGAGGGCCUCCACCCCAAUCACCCCUAGGCCUCUCUGGGUCUUCCCUAGCAGAUGUCAUAGGCCAGCAUAGUUCCUUUUCCUCUCACCUCUCUCCUCCCAGGCGUUUGUCCUUGAGUAGCUCCCCGGAAUGUGAUGACUUUGGGAACCUGAUUCCUGAGUGACUGUGUCCCCUCUUCAGUGAGCUACCAGAGACAUUAGGAAGGUGUUUCCCACGUGGUAAACCAUCUGCCUGUUUGCCUGAGUGAAGGUCUUCCUUGGGCGAGAGAUGAACUGCAAGUAUAAGCCAGUAUUUGAGGAGAAAUCCUAGUCUUUAUGCAAGAUCAACCAUCAGACACUCAGAAAAGGCCAGGAGACUCCAUGCAACAGCUACUAGACGUCGGUAUCUUGGAAAAAUGCCUCUGGCUUCCUCUGAGAGCUACAGCAAGUCAUUCCCCAUUUGGGAAGACACUGUAGAUUCAGGGCUCUGUCCUGGAGGUGAGAGGCUCCCUCAUCUUGGAGAACAGGGACCUGUUGUAGCUGAAGAGGCCAAGCAACAGGUCCUGGUCUCUGCUCAGACAGUAUUCUUCUUUCAGUCCCUGCAUGGAUCGCUUCCCCUCCCAGGGUCUGUUUCCUUAUUUUUACAGCGAAGAGGCCAGCAACUCUCUAGGGCCCCAUGAGCUUUGAGGUUUCUACAAUCUCAGCUGGAGAGCCAUACACACUCCCUGGUGCAUAAACCGUGCCUAGGUUUUAAUCACCUUCUGUCAGGGAGGCUCUUCCUGCUUGCUCCCUAACUGUCUCUGAGCUUUGUUUCCUCUGACCAAGUCCUGUGUCUUGAUAAGGAUACCGAUUGUCCCCAAAAUGCCUGCACUGGAAACAGACAUUUCCCCAGCUCGAAGACUCCCUGCUCUUGAGCCCAUGCUUGAGGAGACAACAGCCUCCAGGAAGCAUGUUGCAUGGGUCGGAGCCCUCGCUAUGGGCAUGAUCUUCUUCUGUUCUCCCAUUGUGAGUAUAUUCACUGACCGUUUGGGCUGCCGAAUCACAGCCACCACCGGGGCCGCUGUUGCUUUCAUUGGCCUCCACACCAGCUCCUUCACCAGCUCCCUAAGCCUGCGCUACUUCACCUAUGGGAUUCUGUUUGGUUGUGGCUGCUCAUUCGCCUUUCAACCAUCACUCGUCAUCCUGGGCCACUACUUUCAACGUCGCCUAGGUCUAGCCAAUGGUGUGGUAUCUGCUGGAAGUAGCAUCUUCUCCAUGUCUUUUCCCUUCCUCAUCAAAAUGCUGGGGGAUAAAAUCAAGCUGGCCCAAACCUUCCAGGUGCUGAGUACCUUCAUGUUUGUCCUUACGCUGCUCUCACUCACUUACCGGCCCCUCCUGCCAAGCUCCCAGGACACCCCAAGCAAGAGAGGUGCCCACACCCUGCGACAGCGCUUUCUGGUUCAGUUCAGAAAGUACUUCAACAUGCGUGUAUUCCGCCAGCGCACUUACCGUAUCUGGGCCUUUGGGAUCGCUGCUGCUGCCCUUGGUUACUUCGUCCCCUACGUGCACCUGAUGAAAUAUGUGGAAGAUAAGUUCAAGGAGAUCAAGGAGACCUGGGUGCUCUUGGUGUGCAUUGGGGCUACGUCAGGCCUCGGACGUCUCGUCUCGGGCCACAUCAGUGACUCCAUCCCUGGACUUAAGAAGAUAUACUUGCAGGUCCUCUCAUUCCUGCUCCUGGGCUUGAUGUCCAUGAUGAUCCCCCUAUGCCGGGACUUCGGGGGCCUUAUCGUUGUCUGCCUCUUCCUGGGCCUAUGUGAUGGCUUCUUCAUUACCAUCAUGGCUCCCAUUGCAUUUGAGCUGGUGGGACCCAUGCAGGCCUCACAGGCCAUUGGCUACCUCCUGGGCAUGAUGGCCCUGCCAAUGAUUGCUGGGCCCCCCAUUGCAGGCCUCCUUCGAAACUGCUUUGGUGAUUACCAUGUGGCCUUCUACUUUGCGGGUGUCCCCCCAAUCAUUGGAGCUGUGAUCCUUUUCUUCGUCCCUCUGAUGCAUCAAAGGAUGUUUAAGAAAGAGCAGAGAGAUUCCAGCAAGGAUAAGAUGCUGUCCCACGAUCCAGACCCCAACGGAGAACUGCUGCCAGGCUCCCCAACACCUGAAGAGCCCAUUUAAUGCCUCUGUCUUGCCAUUGUGUGCUCCUUCCCCCCCCCACUCCACCCCUCAUCCUACCCUGCUUAGCAUUUACAUUUUUUGCCACCAGCACACUUGUUCCCAAACCUGUGCACACAGCAUUUCAGCCACCUGACCAUCUCCUCUGAGCCAAUGCUCUCGGUGUUCCAAACUCAUUAACCAAAUUCUCCCCAUGAAUGCCUUGAAACUUGCCAGGCUCUUCUCCCAGAAUCUGGGAAAGUGUGGGAUCACCCCCUGGCCUUUGGAUCCUCCCCCAUAUAUACUUUCUAACUCUUUGCGGGGAGGACAGGGAUGGGAUCUCUAGCCCCAGAUUGUUAGUCACCCACUACAAUCAAUUGCCAAAGGUGCUACUGUGUCCCCAGAACCCAGUGAGACAGACCUAAGCCUCUGUUUGCUGAGGAAUUUGUUGCCAUCCAUCCUUGGGAACCAUUUGGGAAUUGUGAGAAGGAAGGCCAAAGGAGACCAGGAGCCUUGUUUUGCAUCGAAGCUCCUGAGGACUCUGCGGCACCCCAUCAUAUGGUUGGUUAGCCGUCUGCUUCCCUUUUCCUUUCCUAGUAUUUUCUCUCUACUUCCUCUUCUCCGAUUUCUUCCCCUCUAUUCCUUUUUAUUAGUGUCAUGACACAUAGGUGCUUGGAGAAAGGAAAGACCCAGAGCUUGGGCCAAUCCACUUCAUUCUGACCCAGACCAUCCCUAAUAUUAGCAUUAAUACUGCUCAUCUCAGGUUGAGCUACAUCUCACUUUCUGGGCUCAAACUGAUAUGGACUGGAAGAGCAGGCUAUCGCAUAGGGAUGGGAAUCUUCAACACUACAGAGUUCCAUGUACCAGUCACUGAUUUUGACAGAUUAACCAAGAGGCCUUCCCAGUUUCCCAUCCUUCCCACCUGUCAAAUGUGAAGAAACUCUUCUCAUCUCAUGAAACACAGGAGGAAAGAUGUCAGUGCACUGGCAUUAGAGGAGAUGCUACGGUUAACGGUUUGGGGAAGGACCAACUCCUCCGUCUCUCAUUUUUCAUAAGAGGUCAAUAUUUCCACCUGGGCCAGGCCAAGAAAUGAACUGCUUUAAGGAAAAAAAAAAAAAAAACCUCAUUCUGUACCUGGAUCUCCAAAUGACAUAGGCAACAACUGCACGUAGGGGUUGGAUAAUUUCUUUUCAGAAGGGGAAGCCACCCUAGCCUUUACCACCCACCCAGUCUGUCCCCCAUUCUAGGCAUCCUGGACCACUCUGCUGAGUGGGCAUUAUAGGUGCCAGAAAAAGUAGGCUCUGGACCACCAUCAUCCCUUUGAAGUUGGUGCCAGAUAUUUUCCUACAUCCAGGCUCUGGGCAACAGUCUUACUGAAGCACAUUCCAAGUGCCCCUGGCCAGAGGCAAAGGGCACUGCCAGCCUCGUCCAGUUGUACGGCUCACCUCAUUAGGGACUCAGCCUCUCUCCUCCCUGUUUCUCUCUCUCUGUCUUUGUUUAUUGUGUUCCUGUACCAACCUUUUAUCAUCUUUUUGCCAGGCAUCCUGGCUGUUACUUGGACCCAACAAUAACUUGCCACCCCAAGCUAGGGUCAUCCCAAGGCCAGGAAGAUGAGGUUGCUCUGAGGGGCUCCAAAGAAUACAAUGGUCCCCACACAUGAGUUUUUCCGUUACUAACAGGCAGCUGGGGCAUAGUUGGCCUCUGAUGUUUCAUUCAAGGCCAAAGUCCUGAGCCCCCCUCUGCUGGUCCCAAUCCAGCUCUUAUCAACUCCCCAAAGGAAAACCCAUUGGUUCUUGGCUCUGAGGACAGGAAGGGGUGGAGUCACUGUCCUGUCAACUCAAGCAUCUAUGGAACAGGAGAAGCUGGGCCCCAGGAGCCCUGCGACUCCCAGGAGAGGCCA